CAGGCGCCCCAAGGCCGCCGCACGGGCCCCGGGCGCAGGUCCCUUCAUAGGCCCUGAUUUUUCAGAACUGCAAAGCCCUAAGAGUUCCCAUUUGUAUCAGUUUUGUGCACCGAGAAUCAGUACGUCAAAGUCUAAUGGUGAACAAUGAAGGUUCUGUUAUUGAAGGACCCCAAAGACAAGGAUUCAGGACCAGAUCCAUAUGUUAAAGAAUUAGCUUUACAUGGAUUGGAAGCAACAUUGAUUCCAGUUCUGUCAUUUGAGUUCAUAUCACUUGAAAGUUUAUUCGAAAAGCUGUCUCAUCCAGAAUGUUAUGGAGGCCUAGUUUUUACCAGCCCGAGAGCAUUGGAAGCCAUCAAGAUAUGUUUAAAAGAGAAUAGUAAAAGUGAAGCCUGGUCCAAAUCUCUGAAACAGAGUUGGAGCACCAAACCAGUGUAUGUGGUAGGAAAAGCUACAGCUUCUCUAGUGGAAGAAAUUGGCCUUAUUCCACAAGGAGAAAAGUCUGGAAAUGCCGAAAAAUUAGCUGAAUUUAUUUGCUCAAGAGAGAAACCUAAUUCAUCAUCUCUUCUUUUCCCUUGUGGAGCCCUCAAAAGAGAAGUACUUCCUACAGCACUGAAAGAAAAAGGUAUCCCCCUGGAAAGUGUCACCGUGUACCAGACCACCCAGCACCGUCACCUCCAAGAGUCCCUGAGCAGCUACUUCUCACAGCAGAGAGAGCUGAAAAGAUUCAAGUGAAGGGGUACUGAUCCACUGAGAGAAACCU